AUGGUACUUCCGGAGGUUAGGUUUCCGAAGAUAACUACCCUGGCGAGGGUAAUCGGCAUGUUGGUGGCUGCUUUUGUAUUAAUUUGGACCUUCCAUUUCAGAGGAGGCUUGGCUCUUUCCUCUGACGACAAAAGCCUCAUCUUCAAUGUGCAUCCUGUUAUGCUUGUGAUCGGCCUUGUUCUCCUGAAUGGUGAAGCGAUGCUAGCUUACAAGACUGUAUCAGGAACUAAAAGUUUCAGAAAGAUAGUGCAUCUGACAAUACAAUCUAUGGCAUUUUGUUUAAGCCUGAUAGGAGUCUGGGCUGCUUUUAAGUUCCACAGUGAGAAGGGCAUUGACCAUUUCUACACUCUGCAUUCAUGGCUGGGCUUAACUUGUCUAUUCCUCUUUGGCAUUCAGUGGGCUGCUGGCUUUUACACAUUUUGGUACCCUGGUGGCUCUGCAAGUGGUAGAGCUGCUCUACUUCCCUGGCAUGUAUUCUUCGGGAUUUAUAUAUAUGCAGUUGCUGUUGCCACUACUGCUACGGGAAUUCUAGAGAAAGUUACAUUCUUGCAAACACACAACAUAAUAUCUCGCUACUCCACAGAGGCUUUUUUGGUGAAUUCUCUGGGUAUGCUGGUUGUUGUUCUAGGUGGUUGUGUAAUUCUUGCUGUAGUUACACCUACGAAUGGUAAAGGUGAUGCUUUUAGAACACAAGAUUAUCAAAUGGUCCAUCCAUCUGUGUGA